AUGACGUCUCUAGGCAACUGGACAUUCGUCCCCUACCCAUCCUUUCUCCCCACGGUGUUCGCCAACACCGCGCUAUGGAACGUCAGCAACGCCGUCAAGCAGAAGGAGUACCAGAUCCAGAUCUCAUGGCCGUUCAAAUGGGAGUCUCGCGAGGUGGCUAAGCCCGCUCUCGCCAUGUACCUCCUAGACGGCAACGCCCUAGGCAUGACUGCCUCUGAAGCCUUCAAGCGGCGCAACGAAGUCGAAUUCGCCCAGCCUGACAGCGUUGUCGUCAGUAUCGGCUACCCGCUCACCGACACCGUCUACGGCCUGACCCAGCGAGCCGUCGACUUCCGGCCUCCUAUUCCUUCGCCGGAGAACAUCACCGCGGGCGCGGACGACUUUAUCGAGUUCAUCGACGAAGUCCUCCGUCCGUGGGUGCACGAUACUGUAUUCCCCAGUGUUGAGUUUACCCGUGAGGCGCUGUACGGACACUCGUGGGGCGGAAUCUUCACCAUCUGGGCGCUGAUCACCCGCCCGGACUGGUUUGAUACGUUCUUCUCUGUUAGUCCGGCGGUGUAUUGGAAUAAUGGCUCAAUUCUGGAUGUAGUGACGGAGAAGUUGGGCAAUGGGACUGUUGGUUCGGGUUCGACUCCGGAGACUGAGGCGAAGCCCAAGUUCUUUCUCGGUUAUGGCGCGCUGGAACAAUUCCCGGUUCGGAGGAGGACGGAGACGGAGGAGGCGUUCCAGCAGCGCAAGUCCAUCAUCCAGAGCUUUCAGAUGACGGAUUAUUCUCAUGAGUUGUUUUAUCGAAUUGAGGGCAGCAAGAGGAUGAAGGAUGUGCAGCUGAGAGAAUACGCUGGCCAGGAUCACUUCGGAGCAGCUUCCAGCGCGAUCACGGAGGGGAUUGACUAUUUUUUGGACUGGUAA